AUGGCGCGCGUGACGCCGACGUCACGGACGUCCAUGACGACGUCAUCGCGACGGUGGCGCGCGCGCGGGCAGACGACGCGACGCGCGGACGCGGGCGCGUCGGCGUCGGCGUCGGCGUCGGCGUCGGCGUCGGAGGGGACGCGGGACGUCGACGCGGCGAAGCGCGCGGUGUUGGCGGCGAUAUCGAGCGCGAGACGACGCGAUGGGGCGAACGCGCGCGUGGACGUCGAACGCGCGGUGGCGACGCUCGAAAACCUCGGGCCGGGGACGAGGAGCGCGAACGGGACGUGGACGCUGGCGUACAGUUACAAACCGUCGCGCGAGAGCUCGGUGUUGGAAUCUCUGUUCGUCCCCGACGAAGCGGUGGAGACGAUGACGAAGUUGACGUACGACGUCUUCUUCAAAUUCGCGCCGUGGCUCGCGGGAUCGGCGGAGACGAGUCGUCGCGGGACGAGGAACGCGCAAGUCGUGGACGUCGCGCGUCGACGCGUGCGCAACGACGUGGACGUGGACAUUUCCGACACCCUCUCGCUUCGAAUCGGCGUCGAGGGGGAGAUUGAAACCGACGACGAGUUCGCGCGACGCGCGUCGGUGACGUUCACGGCGUUCGACGCCCAGUUGGUCGCGAAACCGAGCGGCGGGAUGGAUUUCCCGAAAGUAUCCGCGCCGCUUCCCCGACCGCGCGGAUCGCUCGAGACGACGUUUUGCGAUGAAUCCAUGCGCGUCUCGCGCGGGGGACGGGGUGGGGUUUUCAUACUCACGCGCGUACACUAG